AUGUGGCCGCUUCGGGGAGGCGGCGAUGGUGAAGAUAUUGGCUGCUGGGCGAAUUGCGAAUCCUGUGGCGGAGGUCGUCGACGGAAGGAUAGCGCUUCUGACGUCCACCAGAACACCACGCCGAAGUUUAAGAGCGACAAGUGCACCGGCACGGAAAUAGGAAAGCAACAUGAAUACCUUGAAGAACUUCAGCUUGAUGCCCCACGCACACCAAUGGUGGUCACCCUCGGCCCGACAAGCGACUUGGACUGGCUCAGGUUCUCCUACCUGCUCCGCAAUAAGAACCUGAGCUUCGACGACAUUGCAGAACUUGUAUCGAGAUAUGUGCCCGAUGAUGGAAAUCUCCCGGAAAAUGAUCUCGUGGAAGAAGAGGUUACAGCUGUCGGGGAAUCGGACGCGCGCAACAAGACUAUGAGGAUCGAUGGAACGAGGGAGCAGGCACUCAGACAGGAUGAUGUCGAAGAUCUAGAUCAGUCUGAUGAGCGACGUUCCAGCGAAGACCAUGAGAUAUCCAGAUCAUGUUUCUCAUCCGAUUCAUCAGCUGACUCAGUCGACUUUUCGAAAGCGGAAAUCGGCAUGCAGGUGACCAGGAUGAGACCUACCAUGUUAUCCUGGCUGAGGCCAAAGAGAAAAUACGACAGCCUCCAAGAAAACACACGACCAAACUCACCAGGUCCUAAGGAAUCCUCUGUAGGCCUCUGGAAGCGAAUCAGCAGAACAACAUCCCACUCCACAAUGAACACCACUCUGGUUGGGAAGUUUGACCAGAAGUUGCAAGCCAAACUCUCCAAUGCCAAGUUGCGAGCUUCUGGCGCGAGCCAGAUACCAGCCAACGACUGCCAUCCUGCGUUCAGGGAACAAGCCGACGCGUCAAACGCCCAACCAGAUCUGUCCACCUCAGCUCACAUCCUCAACGCCAUGCGAAAUCUCAACAGCCAUCGCGCAAGCCAAAGCGUGCCUAGCGACACGAAGUCCCAAAGACACGUAACGCGUGUCACAUCGCUGGACGUGAACAAAGGACUUCCGCCCCUGCCCCCGGAAGCGCGACGGCUCGCGCACCAAGCUUCACACGCGAGGUUGAAGGACCUGCAGGCUGUGAAGAAGGUGGAUAUUCGGAAGGCGAUCAAUGAGUAUGUAGGUGAGAUGGCGAAGGCGUAUUGA